GGGAAUAUGUAGCAGAAUAUCUGAUCCCAAAUAUCCCUCUAUUUUCAACCUCUUUUUUUUUUUUUUUUCAGAAUAUCUGAUCCCAAAUAUCCCUCUAUUUUCAACCUCUUUUUUUUUUUUUUUUGAGGGAGCUCUAUUUUCAACCUCUUAAUUUCGCUUCAACAUCACACAAUCUCUCUCCUUCCUAACUAUGGACCUUAACACCUUCCAUCAAUCGCCGCCGCUCUUCCUACUACACAUCCACCACCGGACACCUUCCCGUUGACAUGUCACCACCGCCAACCAUCAACGGCUGCCACCGCCACAACAACAAACCCUGCGUAUCCAAGCCUCCUGCCGUCCCUGACAUUUUCCUCACUGCCUUCUCCCUUCUUUUCCUCUUCUCCUCCCCCAAAGCCCAUCAGAAUCGUACCCUCCUGCCCAGAUGCCUCUCUUCCCCUCCUAAGCAUCGCCGCUUUCUCAGAAUUUCCACCAUGUCCUUGACCAAUUCCCACUUCCCCACCCCUCAGGCCCUCUCCGAUUGGCUCAAGCCCCGAUUGCCUUCCGAUUCGUUUGCCUCCUGGGGAGUUAAGCCUGGGACCAAGAACGUUCACAAUCUCUGGCUAGAGCUCUCCGAAGGGGAGACGUGUCUUGCCGACUCAUCCCCUCCACUCCGUACAGUCAAUGUUGUUACUGUUCGCAUUAUUGGGAAAAACAACCGCUUUUUGGUCGAAUCUCGGCAGGAAUUGUCUGAUGGUAGUGUCAGGGAUCGGUUCCGACCCUUGUCCGAGAAAAUGAAGCCCGAUGAGAACCCUGAAGAGGCUGCUAUUCGUGCGGUGAAAGAGGAACUUGGGUCUAUAAUUAAUCUUGGUUUGGAGGAUGGUGAGGUGGUAAAGAUUGUUCCUGGAUCAUAUCAGAAGAAGAUGGAAGAGAGGAAUUCGGUUUCUUAUCCAGGAUUGCCAGCGUGCUACGUGUUGCAUUCGCUGGAUGCGUGGGUGGAAGGUUUGCCUGAGGGAGAGUUUUGCACUGAAGAAGGGGAGGAGUAUAAGGAUGCUAAUGGGAGCAGGGCUCUGCAUAAAGCUGUGACUGUGAGAAAGCAUUACUGGAAAUGGGUUAGUCCUUCCUGAUUCCGUUCGUUCUUGAUUUCACCAUAUUGGCUGUGUAACUCAGCUGAAAUUAUGAAAAUUCUUAGGUUUUAUUGGCUUUCGGUUUUUUUUCUUUUUUUUUUUUUUUCUUUUUUGUCAUGGUGGCGACAAUGUUCUUGUUGUCGACCAUGGUUUGGAGCUCUUGAGAUGCUAAUGAAAUAAAUAAAAGAUCUUGCUAUAUGCCAGUUCCAGAGUUCUGUGCAUUGUGAAUAUACACUUUUGAUAUUU